AUGACCCCCUCAGGGCCCCACCGCUCACGGCUUGAGUGGCGGCUGAUGGCGGUGGAGCUCGCCCUGGGGCGGGCCCCUGUGGAAAACGAAGUCGGGAGCCUCCCCCCCUCCCUCAUCGGCGCCGUCGAAGCAGUUCGAACAGCGGAUCUCCCCCGCCUAGACGCGGUGAUCCGCGAGAACGGCGGGUUCUACGUCGAGAUAGGAAUUUACAACGUCAUGAUGGUCGCCAGAGGACACGUCAUGCUGCUCAUGGUGAUGAAGUUUUAUUUGCAUACAUGCAGCCAGAGUCAGGCGCGUUCCGAAGGGGUUAGAAGCUGGGUCGAUCGGCUAGAAGUUGCCAAAAUGAUCAAAUUUUAUCACUUGCCAUACCGCACUGUGGCCGAAGCAACAGUCGUCUGGCUACUUCCGCUGCUUGUAAAUCGUAAGAUAAAUGGAUUUGUGGAGGGAGAAUAUUUGCAUAUUAACCCUGAAAACCCUUUCGAUGGAUACAACAAAGCGCUUUUCGAAACAGCUUUAGAAACCUAUGAGGACUAA